AUGCGUCGGGCCAAGCGAGCAUAUUUUAACGCUAUCAAGCAGGCAAAGGUGAACCAUCUAGAGAUGGAAUUCAGCAAAAUGGAUGAGGUGGGGGUCCACAGACGUUUCAAAACCCGCACGCCAACCGUGGCCGCUUACAAUAAAGCCGAGAUCCUCGAUCACUUUUUCGGCUUGCGGGAGCGUCCCCCACCGCUCGGACACGAGGAGAAAGACUACUCGGCAGCUGACUGUGACAGGAACUGGAAGGCUCUGGGAGGCCCCUUAGCGAACGAAGAACUAGAGACAGCUAUACGCAGCCUCAAAACUCGUAAGGCCUGCGGUCACGAUGGCAUCUUCUAUGAACAUGUGAAGUACGCAUGCCAGAAUGUGCCCUGGUUCAGCGAUGCGCUAAUGGGCGACUUGGUCCAAAAGCGUGGCGACCGGUAG